CUGUUAUACUGUAGAGGGAUAUAACUCUCGUCUAUUCCACCCCAGCUCUGAAAAGCGCUGUACAUUGUCUCUGAUGUUCUUCGGAUGAGUUGGAUAUAUUAUAACUUUCUUUCAUAACAUUUCGUUUUCACAAUAACUAUACAUUUCAUUUAUGGUUGGUUGAUUUCUUCAAGGUGACAUUGAAUCAAGGGUACAACGUUUAUUUUUAGAUUCGUUGCCACACUUCAGGUGAUAUAGAAAUGUCGAUUUAACUGACACUGUCGGCACAAACGAAGCAAAGAAGAGGAAGGCAUGCUGCUGGGUUCAAAAGAUCGAGAGGCGAUGUUGCCGAUCGUUAUGGAGAGAGAGAAGGAGAGUCAGUCUAACCUCCUCUACUGUCUAUCCUGUCUGUCCUUCUGGGUCUCCGGCUGGAUCCCCGGCCUCGUCGCGUACGUCAUGGCUUAUCAGGCAGACAGGGCUAAGAAGCACGGCGACUCCGUUCGAUAUAAGUUGUACACCACUGUCGGCAUGGUGGCAGGGACAAUCGGUAUCAUUAGUGGUCUGGCGUGUAUCGUACUAUUCUUCAUGUUCAUCUUUCCCGUCUGGUACCGUCAUCUCUAUAUGGAUGUGGAGCCAGACUUCCCCUGGGAGUGACGUAUGGCGAACUUUGAUUAUCAUAAUAAAGACAAGCUUUAUUGUACAUGUAUGCGAUUCAUUAAAAAAUAAAUAUGAUUCAAUAUGUAGAA